AUGCAUUUACAACAAAAUAACAGUCAUAGCGAGAAUUUGGAUGCGCUAUGGGCAGACAAAAGCUUUAUGGGAGCCCCGCUUCUUGAAUUUACAAGUACCUCUGCAGAAGAAGUCUUGAAAAUUGUGUUGAAAACAUCAUCUACGUCUUGCGGAUUGGACCCAAUGCCUACGAAUAUCUUGAAAACCUGCAUCGAAAAUGUUCUACCAAUCAUUAUGCGUCUUGUUAACCAAUCACUAGCCGAAGAUGUUUUUCCAGAUGAUUACAAACAAGCAAUAGAUAAGCCGCUUCUAAAGAAACCGUCGCUGGAUAAAGAGUGUCUUAAGAACUAUAGGCCGGUUUCAAAUUUAUCAUACGUUUCAAAAAUCAUUGAGAAAGUCGUCACAAAAAGAAUCGAAGAUAAUCUCAGUUCGAACACUCUACAUGACAAUCUUCAGUCAGCAUAUCGCGCGGUUCAUUCCACAGAGACCGCCCUUCUUAGAGUUCAUCAUGACAUUGACGUAUCUCUUGACAAAGGAUGUUGUGCUGUGCUACUGAUGCUUGAUUUAUCCGCGGCGUUCGAUGUCAUCGAUCACGAUAUACUUUUCCGUCGACUAGAAUACUCCUACGGGAUAGCCGGUUCGGCCCUUCAGUGGCUACAAUCGUAUCUGAGCGGAGCAAGUAACUUUAAAACCCAUAAAAUGCCAAGAAUUCCAGAAACCUUUUUUACAUUCUUCAUGUUUAUUUGUGAAAUAAAUGCCGUUGGAAUUUUGGUACAGAAUAAAAUCUUGGACGUUCCAGCCCUGGCUACGUAUGAAAUCAUUGGCUUGAAAGGUUGUGCAAAACAAUGCAUAAGACGCAGUGGUCAGUGUCUUGCUUUUACUUAUCAGAAGAGACACCUGCUUUGUAAUCUCCUGGACACCACCUCCGCUAUUGUUCCGGACAAACUGAAGGCAAAAAAAGGAUUUACUUACAGCGAAAUAAACACCUGGUCGGAAGAUCUUGGCAAAUGUAGAACAGUUACCUGUCCGGCUGGUAAAACCUGUUUAGAAUUGUCAUCUGUGAAAACAUCCUGCCAAUUUGAUCCGACAGCCUGUCCUAAGGGAACAUUCUUCAAUGGUAGCGGCUGUCCACUUUGUUCUGAGGGAGAAUACCAACCUCUCAGUGGUCAGCGGAACUGUUCCAUUUGUCCCGAAGGAGAUGGACCCACAUGGAAAAUGUCUACCGUCACUAGAACCAUUUGUCAAGGUCAAGUUUUUGCAGGUUGUUGGUAUGGAAUCGGAAUGUUCAAGGAGGGAGAUGACACUAAACUGAUAUCUACACAUACUGUAGCUGAUCGUGGUGGAUGCUACUCUCUCUGUAAAGCCGACCCUAACUGUCUGGCGUUUAAAAGCACCCAGUCCAAUACCAAAUGCGCUCUUUUCUCUAGCAAGACAUGGAAAUAUGGCUACGUCCUCAACUCUGUCGUCAUUCUUGUCCGCGGCCAUUGUAGACCUUAAUAUAUAAAUUGGAGUGUAAGACAAAGUGUUACGCUGUGUUUUUAUCCAUUCUUUGAUUUUCUUACUCAAACAGGAGAUAUUAAAGUAACUCUAAGGACGUACAAUCAAACAUUUCCGAUACCAUUUGUUAUGACUCUGAAUAAUUAUGUUUUCUUUACC